AUGCACGACUCUUUUUAAGUGAAGGAAGCCAUAGCUGAAAUCAUUAUUUAAGUUAAGGAUGUAGAUGAAAAAAUCUUUGGUGUCAUUUUAGAAAUAUUCAAAAAGGAGAAAGUUUAAGAUUGCAUCGGAUAUCUUUCGGAUGAUGAAAAUCAUAAACAUUUGGAAUAAUAAAUCUUUCAACAAAGUGAUAAUAAAAAGAAAUAGUGUGAAAUAAUAAAGAACUUGAAACAAAUAAAUGAUGUCUUAAAAAAAAUAAAAGAUCAUGACUUCAAUAACUAAGACUUUUCUGAAGAAUCUAAAUUAAGUCUAAUUUAAAACAUCAAGGAUGAUAAAUAGAACAAAGAAUUUCUGCAAUUUUUAGUUCACCUCACAUCAAUUGAUGAAACAUUAAUAUAGGCUGGGUCUAAUUCAUUACAUAUAUUAGUUUAGAUGAAAGUGGACUUUAGAAACAAAAAUUUUGAAAAUAUAAAGAUUUAAAAUAUUUCCUUAGUAGGAGCUACUUUUGUAUAAUGUAAUUUAAGUGGAUCAGAAUUUAAUAGUGUUAACAUAAAUGGUAUGAAUUUGAAUGGAGCUAUAUUAUUUAAUUGUAAAUGGAACAACUUAAAAAUCCAUGAAUUAAAUUAAUUAGUUUGUCAAACUUAUUAUGCUAGAUCAGUCUGUUUUUCUUCUGAUGGAAAUACAUUAGUAUCUGGUGGUGGUAAUGGUUUUGGUACUUAUGAUGACUCUGUCUGUCUAUGGGAUGUCAAAGCAGGAUAAUAAAAAGCCAAAUUAAAAGGUCACAUUAACAUCGUUUAUUCAGUCUGUUUCUCUCCUGAUGGAAAUACAUUAGCUUCUGGUAGUUAGGAUUAGUCUAUCCGUCUAUGGGAUGUCAAAACAGGAUAAUAAAAAGCCAAAUUAGAUGGUCAUACUAGUGGAAUUUUAUCAGUCUGUAUCUCUCCUGAUGGAAAUACAUUAGCAUCUAGUAGUUAUGAUUAGUCAAUCCGUCUAUGGGAUGUUAAGACUAAAAAAAAAUAAGCUAAAUUAUAUGGUCAUACUAGCACUGUCUAUUCAGUUUGUUUUUCUCCCGAUGGAAAAACAUUAGCAUCUGGUAGUGCAGAUAAGUUUAUCCAUCUUUGGGAUGCCAAAACCGGACAUUAAAAAGCAAAAUUAGAUGGUCAUACUAAUUAUGUUAUGUCUGUCAGUUUCUCUCCUGAUGGAAAUACAUUAGCAUCUGGUAGUGCAGAUAAGUUUAUCCGUCUUUGGGAUGCCAAAACAGGACAAUAAAAAGCCAAAUUAGAUGGUCAUACUAGUGAAAUCAUGUCAGUCUGUUUUUCUCCAGAUGGAAAUACAUUAGCUUCUGGUAGUUCAGAUAACUUAAUCUGUCUAUGGGAUGUCAAAACAGGUUAAUCAAAUGCCAAAUUAGAGGGGCAUCGUAGCGCUGUCUACUCGGUUUGUUUCUGUCCUGUGGGAAAUAUAUUAGUAUCUGGUGGUGGCAAUAGGUUUCCUACUUAUGAUGGCCCUAUUCGUGUAUGGGAUGUCAAAACAGGAUAAUAAAAAACCAAAUUAGAGGGCCAUAGUAGCGCCGUCUUUUCUGUCUGCUUCUCUUAAGAUGGAAAUACGUUAGCAUCUUGUAGUGCUGAUAAGUUUAUCUGUCUAUGGGAUGUCAAAACAGGAUAAUAAAAAACCAAGUUAGUUGGUCAUAGUAAUUAUGUCUAUUCAGUCUGCUUUUCUUAUGAUGGAAAUACAUUAGCAUCUGGUAGUGCAGAUGAUGUUAUCUGUCUAUGGGAUGUCAAAACAGGAUAAUAAAAAGCCAAAUUAAAAGGUCACACUAACAUUGUCUAUUCAGUAUGUUUCUCUCCUGAUGGAAAUACAUUAGCAUCUGGUAGUGCAGAUGAUUUCAUCUGUCUAUGGGAUGUCAAAACAGGAUAAUAAAAAGCCAAAUUAGAGGGUCAUUGUUGCACUGUCUUUUCAGUUUGUUUCUCUCCUGAUGGAAAAACAUUAGCUUCUGGUAGUGAUGAUAACUCUAUUCGUUUAUGGGACGUCCAAACAGGAUAAUAAAAAGCCAACUUAAAUGGUCAUUAAUAUACUGUCAACUCUGUCUGUUUCUCUCCUGAUGGAAAUACAUUAGCUUCCGGUAGUUCUGAUAUGUCUAUUCGUUUAUGGGAUGUCAAAACAAGAUCAUAAAAAGCGAAAUUAGAUGGUCAGAUUAGUUGCAUCAACUCAGUCUGUUUUUCUCCUGAUGGAAAUACAUUAGCUUCUGGUAGUUUUGAUAAGUCUAUCUGUCUAUGGGAUGUCAAAACAGGGUAAUAAAAAGCCAAAUUAGAUGGUCAUACUAGCACUGUCUUGUCAGUUUGUUUUUCUCGUGAUGGAAAGAUAUUAGCUUCUGGCAGUUGGGAUAACUCUAUCCUUCUUUGGGAUAUUCAGAACGGAAAAGCAAUUUCAUCCGCUGACAAAAUUUAUAAAGAUAUUCUAGCUUAAUUUAAAGCACCACUUUGUUUAAACAAUCCUUAACCAGGUAUAUAUUUUCUUAUUAUUUUAUAGAAUCCAACAAUGCUAUCAUUCUACGAAUAUCUCAAAUACCAUUAUUUUAAGCAUAAGGAGCUUUAAUAUUGAAAGGAGAUUUUAUAAAUCAUGAAGGAUACGAUUUAAAAUAAUUAUUCAAAUCCAAAGGAAGUUGCUUUUUAGAAGAUUUUAAAUAAAAGUGA